AUGUGCCGCCCCACCCCCCUCCUCGUCCGCUACCGCGGCUGCAACCACACCCUCCCCCUCAUCGUCGGCACCGAGCCCACCUGCACCGGCCACUGCCACACCGACGCACACUACCACUCCAUGCUACCCCCGCGAACCUACGCCGUCUCGAACCGGCGUCUCUGUCCCUCCUGCCACUCGCCCUCUGCUCCCACUGCUCCUCCGUUGCCGGUGCUGAGAAGGCCCGGACCGGACCAUAGGGUUAUUGUGACGCCGUUUGAGCCCGGCGUGUAUGAGUACCACCACUGUCUGCGGAGGUGGAGGAACCAGAGGUUGUGGCAUCGGGUGGAUUUGCAGGCGAGGGGGUUGUGGUGGGUGGAGGAGGGGUUGGGGGAUGUGUUGAGGAGGGUGGGGAGGUGGUUGGUGAGGAGGAGGGGGGAGAGGGUUUAUAGGGAUGAGGAGGGGGAGGUGGGGGAGAGGGUGUAUAGGGAGGAGGGGGUCGGGGUGGGGGUGGGGGUGGGGGUGGGGGUGUAG